UAGGAGGAUCAGCAAGGAUAUGCUGCGGCGCCGCCAAUAUUCUGUCCAGUGUCCACACUUAUAUUUUGGCCGAUAAAUACAGCCCUUUACAACAUGACAGUACUACCACCUUAAGUCCAGGAGAGAGAGAGAGAGAUGAAAUCCAAUUUUGCAAUCAUCAUCAAGCUGUUAUGUGUACAAUGUCUAGCAAUUGGUUGUGUUUCACAGGGUUUCGAUUUCUUCUACUUUGUACAACAGUGGCCAGGAUCAUACUGUGACACAAAACAAAGUUGCUGCUAUCCAACAACUGGAAAACCCGAAACAAAUUUCGGCAUUCAUGGGCUUUGGCCUAAUUACAACGACGGCUCAUACCCGUCCAACUGCGAUCCCGACACCCCUUUCGACCAAUCCGAGAUUUCGGACCUAAUUAGCAGAAUGCAAACCAGUUGGCCAUCGCUGGCCUGCCCAAGCAGCAAUGGUUUGGCCUUUUGGUCACACGAAUGGGAGAAACAUGGGACCUGUUCAGAGUCUAUCCUUCCGCAGCAUGGAUACUUUAAAGCUACUCUAAGCCUCAAAGACAGAGUAGACCUCCUCCAAAUUCUCUAUAGUGCAGGAAUCCAACCAGACGGGAGAUCUUACAGCUUAAGUAGGAUAAGUGAAGCUAUUAGAGGAGCAACUGGGUAUGCUCCUGGGAUUGAAUGCAAUGUUGAUGCAUCAGGUAGCAGCCAGCUUUACCAGAUUUAUCUUUGUGUUGACACGUCUGGAUCCAACCUCAUCAAAUGUCCGGUUCUACCAAAAGGGAAAUGUUCCUCCAAUGUUGAGUUCCCUUCCUUCUAGGAUAUUAUAGCAGAGGAAGUGGGAUGUCUCUGAUCCUCUUAAACAUGUUUCCUUAAGUGGGUUGAAAAUCAUAUUACAGUAAAAUCAUAUUUGCUUUUAUACCCAGAUUGCAAAA